UUUUUUUUUUUUUUAAUUUUUUUUUUCAACGUUUAUUUAUUUUUGGGACACAGAGAGACAGAGCAUGAACGGGGGAGGGGCAGAGAGAGAGGGAGACACAGAAUCGGAAACAGGCUCCAGGCUCUGAGCCAUCAGCCCAGAGCCCGACGCGGGGCUCGAACUCACGGACCGCGAGAUCGUGACCUGGCUGAAGUCGGACGCUUAACCGACUGCGUCACCCAGGCGCCCCCUUAUUUAUUUAUUUUGAGAGCGAGCGAGCAUGAGCUUGAGUAGGGAAGGGGCAGAGAGGGGAGACAGAAUCCCAAGCAGGUUCCGAGUUCUCAGGGUGGAGCCCGACAUGGGGCUCGAACUCAUGAACCCUGCGAUAAUGACCCGAGCCUAAACCAAGAGCCAGAUGCAUAACCCACUGAGCCACCCAGGUGCCCUCGUGUGCAGGUUUUUGUGUGGGCAUUAAUUUUCCCCUCAUUUGGGUAAAUACUAACGAGUGUGACCAAUUGCUGGAUGGUGUGGCAAGAGUGCAUUUAGUUUGGAAAGAAGCCUCCAGACUGUCUUCCAAAGUCGCAUUACCGUUUUGCAUUCCCACCAGCAACGAAUGAAGAGUUCCUGCUGCUCUGCAACCUUAUCAGCAUUUGGUGGUGUCAGUAUUUUGGAUUUUGGCCAUUCUAAUAGUUGUGUAGUGGCUCGCAUUGUCGUUUUGGCCUAGAUUCUUGAAUAAUGUCAACAGCAUAAUGAGAAAAGCUGAAGAAAAGAAAAGCUAAAAGAUUAGAGACCACGAAAUAGAGGAGGCAAAAUGGAUUCUGGGCUGCAGCCUGUCUCCAGGGAAAAAAUGUGCACGAAAGACAUUAUUAGAACAGUUGACAAAACUGGAAUAAUGUAUCGAUGUGAAAUUUCCUGGACUGGAUUGUUGUCUGUAGAUUUGCUUUUAGAACCUACAAACUGACAGAUUAAGGGCCAAGUGGGCUUGAUGUAUGCGACCUACUCUCAAAUGAUUCAGGGGAAAAAAAAACCCUAUAAAUAAAAUAGAGGAAAUGUGGUGUAAUAUUAGCAAUUUAUGAAUGUGGAUCAUGGAUACAUAGGAGUUGUUUGUACUAUCUGUGCAACUGUUCUGCAAAUUACUUAAAAAGUUUAAAGCAUUAGAAAAAUAACAGGUCUGCCUUUAACAUCCCACCCCUAUCUCUGGAUGCACACAUACAAGUUUCUCCAGCAUAUUCUUGAAGAGUGGAAUCGCAGACUGAAGGUGUGUGCAUCUUCAACUUGAUCAGCUGAAUAGUUUACAAAGGGUCACUGACAUCCGCAUUAAUUCUGUUUAUCCAUCGUCUUCCUCUCACUGAGAGGUAAGGUCGUUGGCAGUGCCACCAAGGUGUAUAGGCCUUGGACCCGCGGCAUCAGCCUCACCAGGAUGCUGGCUAGAAAUGCAAAUGCCCGGACUCUCACCCCAGACCUUCUGAGUCGGAAACUCUGGGGCACCGCCUAGGAAUCUGCGUUUUCACAAGCACUCUAAGCGAUCAAAAGGUUUUAAGCGGCGCUGCGAUCCGCUAGGGCCGCGUCCGGCUUGCAGACCACCAGCUCCAAACAAAUGAACAAAGGAGUCCCCAGAGCCCGGUGCAGAACCGGAGGGCAGCGCGCCAUCCCCAGGGCACCCUCCCCGGCGCGGGCAGCUUCUCCCGGACCCCCCGGCCGGGUGGCUGGGUGGGGGAGGGCGCAAGGACGGGGCGGGCCGGAGGCUGGUGUCCCCGCCUCCCAAGCCUUGGGCUCGCCGCGUUGCGCAGUCCUCCGCCUUCCUUGCCUUCUCGUCCCCUUCCUUCCUUCCUUCCUUCCUUCCGCCGGGCGCGAUGGAGCCGGGACGCGGGGCGGCCGCGGCGCUGCUGGCGCUGCUGUGCGCAGUCUGUGCGCUGCGCUGCGGGCGCGCCCAGUACGAGCGCUACAGCUUCCGCAGCUUCCCGCGGGACGAGCUGAUGCCGCUCGAGUCGGCCUACCGGCACGCGCUGGACCAGUACAGCGGCGAGCACUGGGCGGAGAGCGUGGGCUACCUGGAGAUCAGCCUGCGGCUGCACCGCCUGCUGCGCGACAGCGAGGCCUUCUGCCACCGCAACUGCAGCGCCGUGCCCCAGCCCGAGCCGGCCGCCGGCCUCGCCCGCUACCCCGAGCUGCGCCUCUUCGGAGGCCUGCUGCGCCGCGCGCACUGCCUCAAGCGCUGCAAGCAGGGCCUGCCAGCCUUCCGCCAGUCGCAGCCCAGCCGCGAAGUGCUGGCCGACUUCCAGCGCCGGGAGCCCUACAAGUUCCUGCAGUUCGCCUACUUCAAGGCAAAUAAUCUCCCAAAGGCCAUUGCCGCCGCUCACACCUUUCUACUGAAGCAUCCCGAUGACGAAAUGAUGAAGAGAAACAUGGCGUAUUACAAGAGCUUGCCUGAUGCCGAGGACUACAUCAAGGACUUGGAAACCAAGUCAUAUGAGAGCCUGUUCGUCCGAGCCGUGCGGGCCUACAAUGGCGAGAACUGGAGGACGUCUGUCACAGACAUGGAGCUGGCCCUUCCCGAUUUCUUCAAAGCCUUUUACGAGUGUCUGGCGGCCUGCGAGGGCUCCAGGGAGAUCAAGGACUUCAAGGACUUCUAUCUUUCCAUAGCAGAUCAUUAUGUGGAAGUCCUGGAAUGCAAAAUGCAGUGUGAAAAGAACCUCACCCCCGUUGUAGGAGGCUAUCCCGUGGAGAAGUUUGUGGCCACCAUGUAUCAUUAUUUGCAGUUUGCUUAUUAUAAAUUGAACGACCUGAAGAACGCGGCCCCCUGUGCGGUCAGCUACCUGCUCUUUGACCACAGUGACAAGGUCAUGCAGCAGAACCUGGUGUAUUACCAGUACCACAGGGACAAGUGGGGCCUCUCGGACGAGCAUUUCCAGCCCAGACCAGAAGCAGUUCAGUUCUUCAAUGUAACUACGCUCCAGAAAGAGCUGUAUGACUUUGCUAAGGAAAAUAUAAUGGACGAUGAUGAGGGAGAGGUUCUGGAAUACGUGGAUGACCUCUUGGGGCUGGAGGAGACCGGCUAGUCCACAGCAAAGAGAAGCCCCUGGGUGUCCAGGGGACACAGAUUCUGUCUGCCUUUCCCCAGUAGCCCACGUCGCUGAUACCUCAAAGCCUUCCCUUCACUCUGCGAAGUGAAAGGGAAGCCUCGUCUCUCACUACGUAUGAUAAGGGGUGAGCCUGCCUUCCCCGUGACCACACCUGCCUCCCCACGCGCCUCCCGCCUUCACACGGGCCUUUCUCACUAUUUUGGUUGGAAGCACAGCCCUCCAUUUUCUCCCCCCAGAAAAUCACAAUUUUUUUUUUUAAUAAGAAAAAUACUCCUCUAAAUUAGAUAAUUGUGAAAACCUAUUUUGGGCUUUCCGCUCUUUCAGGUUUUAGACCCCAUUAUCCCCAUGCCCUGAUUCAGGAAGACAGUGGAAGACACGGGCCAAACUUCUCCACACACACCCCCGACCCCGUGACAGCGUACAAGUGGUCAGACCCGCACCAUUUCUGGCACCCACUGAAAGAGAAGCUGCGUAGAUAGUGCAGGCUCCAGAAAUGUGGCUUUUGCCCCACACUUCUGCAUCUCCAAAGUCUUAACAAUGGCUGGUCGAUCCCUAGGCACCAUAGUUGCAAGUCUCAGAGUUGGAAAUGGAAGAAAGCAGAGGGGGUCUGGUCUCAUUCAUUUUUUCAAUAAAUAUUUAUUGAGCACCUACUACAUGCUAGACGUUGAUGGGGGCACUAGAAACGCUGUGCAGAAUGAUGGGGGGGAAAAUCCCUGCCCUCCGGAGCCUACGUCCUCUAAGGGAGACAGACAACAAAUAAAUAAGAACAAAUGUAUAUAAA